AACCCCAUUACGAAUUCAUGUUGGAAUUUGGAGAUCCACUGUUGUUCAUGAAGUAGAGAAAGAAUGCCCCAGCCGCCCCCAGAGUCUUUCUCUAUCACAUAUAGUGCGCUGAUUCCGCCUCUGUGGUCCCUCCUGUGUCAAUUCUUCACGCACAAGCAGAAAAUGUUGCUACAGGUUCCCAGAAAUUUUGUAUUUGUGGGGUCUAAGUAGGUCUUCCCUGCUAAUGGAUUUUAAUUCCAUCUUUUUCAACUGUCCUGCCAAUGGCUUAACUGGAGUAUAUGCUGCUUUGAUUUUUUUUUUUUUUUUGGUAAAGGAUACAUUAAAAUAUUUUGAGAUCAUGAAAUGAAGGGAUAGAAUUGUAGCAAAGGCUCACAUGUAAUGGCAAAAACUUACUUUUAAUCAUUUACCUUAAUAAAUUUAUAGGGUUUUA